UUUAAUGGCCAACAGAUUAAACGAGUCGAUUGAGCGACCAUAUGAAAGUGGUCUGAAAGUAGAAUGUCUAGUGAGCAGAAGAACUGCUGAGAGUGACGAUUUUAAAGAUAUGCCGUCCACAUCACUGGAUGCCACAAAAUCUCUUAUGGACAUAAAAGUCGAACAGACGAGUCCUAUACUCGUGGUCAAUGUCAACGAUGAUUGCGCAUCCUGCUUCUCGGAUAAGCCAAAUAGCUCCCCAGACCAACAAGUUGACCAACUGACUGGGGAGUUAGGAGCAAUGGACUCGUCGGAUACUGGAGUGAAAUCUGCAACUUCUUCGAUUAAUGAGUUAUCUUUAAUAGAUCAAGUAAAAUUUGAGGAUACAAACCCACUACCAUCAGUUACGCCGGAUGAAGAAGCCCUUUCGCCGCCUGUGAUUAAAAUGCUUGCUGAGAAUUCUCCAUGUGAUGUUGAAGAAAUCUCAUUACUUAGGCAGACUCCGACAGAAGAUAAUUGUACACAUAAGGUGAAAGUGACUGAGGAAGCCUCAACUUCCCCUGUCAGGGUGCAGGAGGAGGAGAGGUGCUCAUCAUCAACUACUGCGUUAAAAAUCUCCGAAAAUAUUAAAAUAGAAAAUCGAGAUGCAGUAGACUACGCAGAAGGAGAAGGAGAUGGAGGAUUCCAAAAUGAAAAGGAAGAUACAGAGGAGAAGAAAGUGGACGAGGCAUCUUCACCAGUAUAUAAAAUUGAUGAAGUUUAUAGGGAAAUGACUCCACCUGCUAAGGCUACAACACUACCUGUCUAUAAAAUCAAUGAUCUUUCCCCCGCCAGCAUACCUGAUGAUGAUGAAUCCUCACAAGACUUUGAUUCUGAAAUUAAAAUUGAGGAAAGCACUCCGGGAUUGCCUAAACCUGAGCGUGAAUUUCUCAUGGAAAUAAUUAAAAUCGAAUCUGAUUCCGAGGAUGAAGAUGUUGAGGUAGAGUCGGAGAACAUCGUAGAUGAAAUUUAUGGUUGCCGUACAGUUGCAGAUGACGUCCUGAUGAAGCCAGAGUUUCAACAAAGAGAUUAUCUGAUGAAGGAAAGACAAGCAAUUAAAGUGCUGCCUAAAGUAAAAAUAAAUGGGGCACAUGUAACCGUCGCGGAAUCGAAGUUGGCAGAGGAAGCAGAGCGGCAUGAAGAGCAAGCUCAGAUUACACUGCAACAAUCUGUGAUAGCAAAUGAGAAUGAAGAGCCGCUUCAGCAGGAACAGGAGGAGGAGGUGCAGCACCAACUGACCAGGAGAAACAGCACCAGCAGUUCCGACAGCUCCGCAUCACAGCAAUUGGUCAUAGAUCAGCCCGAGAGCGAGCAGCAGAACAAACAGCAGCCGCAACUGGAGGAGUCGGUGCAGGAUCGGGAAAUGUUGCGCAGGCGCAGGCGCAGCUGCAGCAACAGCAAAAGUGACGGGGACGACAACGGCUAUAGCAACAGCAAGCAUCUGUGCAUAGCAGAAGAGCCCCAGCAGCAGCAGUCGUCUUCCCUGCUAUUGCAGCGUUUGCAGUCGCCGGCAAUAAUUUGCAACGAGCUCACGCAGUGCAAUGCAAGUAAGCUUAAGAACUUACAGCAAUUAAACGUGCAUUCAGUGCAAUGCCAAUCACAGCCGGAUACAACUUUGCCACCAGCAGGAUCACCUAUAGCAGCAUCGGCAUCUAUGACUCUGGGCAAUACGGCGCUCACUCCUGCGCCCCCCAUAAAGAAGGAGCGUUUCUUUCGCUGCGCACGCUGCAGCACUGUGCAUCAAUGCUGGAACUUUUUUCUGCACAUGCGGGAGGUGCAUCAACGCUACAUUUGUCUCUACUGCUCGCACGUGUUCGCCAGCGUAGAGAAACUGUCCCUGCAUCUAGAGAACAAGCAUGACAUGGAUCAGAGGCACUUUGCGAGUGUCGAAGCGUGGCAGAGGCUACAGACUCAGGAGGACCGUGCUCGCUUUUUGGUCUGCUGCAAUUGCCAAGCGAGCUUUGAGCGCGGAAGCCGCUUCGAGGAUCACGAUUGCGCCAAGCUGAUGAAGCCGUGUGCGUUGUGCGGUCAGAAAGGAGGACAUAUCAAUGGAUGUCGCAAUGGCAGAAGCAUUAACAAUAUCAGAAACAAUUGCAAGAAGACAGCGAGGCGACGAAAACAUAGAACCGCCAAGUCUAAGUCGGCGGCCAAGCCGCCCGGGGAACAUCUAAAAGCAAACAAACAGCAGCAGGAGCAGCCGUCGAAUGGGGUGGAGAUUGACGCGCAACUGCUUCAAAUGCCGGCACAGCCGACGACAGUAACAGAUCACAACAUUCCAGCGCCCAUUGCAGAUGCGCCUCAAGAAGAUCCCCCACCCAAGCUGGUGGUGCCGAAGAUGAUGUUGCGAGUGCCCAAAGAGUUUCAGAAGUCCGUGGAUGCGGAGCUAAGCAGCACAGACACCGAGGAGGAGGACAAUGACGAGUUGCCCUCAUCAGCAGAAACGGCAACGGGCGAUGGCGAGAGCACUGCAGUGCCAUUGCUCACUGUGGAUGCAGUGCAGCAGCAGCAACAAUUACACCCAGUGUCCUCGUUGUCGGAGGACACCGAAACGGCCACCGAGACGGCGUCUAUGUUUCAGGAGACAGCGCCCGUACCUGCCGAUGUAUCGUUAAACGAGCUGGAGGACGACGAUGAGGACUCGCCUUCUCUGAAACUGCCUCGUGUUCUGGCGGAAUUCGAGCGCACAAAACUUGACAUUGAGCGCACAAUGGCCCUGAUUGUGGCGAAAAAGGAGCUGCAAGAACAGCAACAGCAACAAAGACAGCACCAGCAACUACAAAAGCAGCAAGAACUACAAGACCAGCAACAGCUGCAGCUGCAGCGCGAGCUGGAGCAACAGAAACAGCAAGAGCAGCAGGAGCAGCUACCAACUGAGGCAAAGCAGCAGCGUGGUCGCUGGUCUCUGACGCCCCCCGCCUCACCCCAUAAUCACAAUCACAUAGACGAAACGACGCAUGUGCCAAGAGAGCAAGUGGAGGUUGACCUGCAGGCUGCGCCAGCAAAGAAUUCACCAGUGCGUCCGCUUGAGCGCCGCAAUACCCUGGGAAGCGAGUGCAUGGAUCUCGAUGAUAGUUUAAACGAACCACAGCAAUCACCUCAAUUGGAACAACAGUCGGAGCAUCAGCAGCCAGUCGCGCCUGAAUCUGAGCGUCUGGGCAGCCCCGCAGGUCUUCCGGUGCCCGCAGACGGCAUCCAGGUUGCCGGCGAAGACACGCAGACAGUGGAUCUACAGUUGGACAGACCCUUGGACAAAUUCGAAAUGGUAGACUUCAUCCGUUUGUGCCUAAAGGCCUUCUAUCCAUAUUGCCUCUACUGCAAUCACGCGCGUCGCAUUGCCGUCAACGUCAAGCAGCUGGUGUUGCAUCUGAUUGGCGUGCAUCGAUUUACCGCUACUGUGGACAGCAUCACAGCCGAGGAGCUGCAGCCGCAGACAAUUGUGGCCAAGCUAAAAAGCUUUUUACCAAGCCUGGAGAGCGAUCAUUACAUGAAUUCCAUAAGCUGUUGCAGCUUGGAGGACGGGCGUUUCGCCCAGCCCUUCAAUGAGCGCGUCUAUGAGUGCUUCCAGUGCCGCUACGUGACGGCCACACACAAGGAGCUCUACACGCACAAUCGGCGGCUGCACAUAAAGGCGAACAUCUCGUGCUCCAUGUGCCGCCUGAACUUCUACAGCUACAGCGAACUGCUGUGCCACAUAUGCCCGGGUCGCACUUUGAGCACUGCUAUUGAUACGCAGUUCCGCUGCUGUCUGUGCGAUACGGCGCCGUUGGCGUCCGCGUUCCGGCUCAUGGUUCACUUGCGCAAGCAGCACCACGCCUGUGAUAUCUGCCUAGAGGAUUGCCACACGCAGGCCAAGCUCUCGGCGCACGUGUGGAAGCACAAGCUUUUGCACCUCUGCUAUCGCUGUGGGAUUGCGUAUCGCAACAAGCAGGACAUAUCGAAACAUUUAUUCUGGAAGCACGGCACAGAGAGCAUCAGCUGCAAGCGAUGCCUACAGAAGCGCUGGCGUCAUGUCUACCAUUUCUGUGUGCCUGCCACUCAGUUCACGUGUGAGCAAUGCCAGUUUACAUUCAGCAAAGCCAUCUACCUGGAGGUGCACAAACGCCAGCAUGUGGGCGACUUUCGAUAUCCCUGCACGGAGGAGCACUGUGAGGAGAAGUUUGUCUCGCGGAAGCUGUUGCUGAAGCAUGCGGCGUAUCAUGAGGUUAAGCAGCUGUCGGCUGUACGUGACGCCGACGUAGGCGACGACGAUGCUCUGUGCUGCAGUCAGAUACCCAAGAUGGAGCAGGAAGAUCAACGUGCAUUGGACACCGAUCAGUUUGAAUUUGAUAAAAAAAAUGUGCAGCUAAAUGUCGAAUGCGUGCAAUCUUCCUCGCCCAAGUCGGACACAGCAGAUGAAGCAGAUGCAAUGCCGGCAGCCAAUCAAAAAGAUAAAUCUCCGCAGCCAGCGCAGCAGCUGGAAGGACAGCAGGAGCAGACGCCGCGCAAGCGUCAGAAGAAGGCAAAGCGAAACAAGGCCUCGCUGGAGGACCUCAACUUGAUAGCGCCAAAUCUGUCUGAGUCGGAUAGCAGCGAUGACAGUGUUUCGGAUGGAGGGCGCAGCCCGACCAAGCCGCUUGAAUCCAAUACCCAUGGCUCUUUGCCAAUGUGUGCAUCUGUGGACGAUCUGAACAUGCCCCGGGUUAUGCUGUCGCCGUCAUCUGACAGCGACAACGAAGAGCAAGAGGCGAAUAUGGAUUCUAUCAAGACAGAGAUAGAGCCGAAACAAAAUCAGAUGGACACACUCCAGAGCCCAAAGGAAGAAAUGGAAUCAUCUGCAAAAGAAGAGCCCAAGAUAGAGGAGUCAUCACGUGAAACUUCAGAGCCGCAAGAAGUACUAGACAUAUGGAAGAAUUUACUGCAGAAUCAGCAUUCUUCAGUGGACAAAAAGGAAGCAGACGCCAUAGAUGUGGAUGUUGAGCCAACUGCAGAGCAGCGGCGUCCCGCUAAGCUUCACGUGGCCUGCUCCGAUCAUGAUUACUGCAAAAUGCGCCGCACUCCCCCACCCACGCCAGCGCCCUCGCCCGAGAAGCCGCCGAAGGUCACGUCCGACAAGGUGAAGACAGGCAAUGCGUCCAGCGAUAGCGAAACCUCUAGUAGUUCUAGUAGCUCGGACUCAGACAGCUCGAGCUGUUCGUGUGGCUCGAAUUGCAGUUGCAGCUCCAGCGGCAGCAGCUCCAGCGAUGAUGAUUCCGACAACGAAUCGCAAUCAUCCAAAAAGAGCUCCAAGAAGGUGCCGAAGAAGACGGCGGAGCGGCCGCAGGAAUCCAGCAAGAGCGAGGAGUUUGUAAAUGUGACUAGCAAUAAUGAGGAGGAGGAGCGUACAGUGGUGCCAACGCCCAAGUCACCAAUCUACAAUGAAUCCGACUUCGAGACGUCCGUCUCCGAUACUGACGAAGAGUUCUACGAUGCACAUCCUCAGAAGAUGACAAGCCACGUAUUGUCGCAAAAGCGCUUGGCGCUGCUGUCGGAGAAUAAACCAGCGAAACUACACGACAGCAACGGCAACUAUGACAUAGUUGAGAACAGUCGCCCGUCGACGCCCUCGCUGCCUGAGGAGGCCUCUGCCUUUGCGGAGAAGCGGGAGCGUGUGGUCAAGAACAAGAAGAAAAAACGCGAGCGCAAAUCCACAUGUAAAUCGAUGAAUCAAGCCAGACUAACGAUCACCUCGGAGCCGCAGCAGCUGCUGCCUCAGGGCCUGGCAUCGUCCAGUGCUGCAGAAGCUGUGGUCACACCACUGCUGCCGCACCACCAGCCACACUUGCUACCGCACCUGCUACCGCACCACCAGCAACACCUUUUGCCCGAGCCUCCAUUGACGCCCCUUACGCAUCGGCCCAGCUGGCAGCCGCGUAUGAGCGAGGGAAGCAGCUGCUCCGAUGCCGAUGGACAGCUCAAGCGGUCGAAGCGCACAAGGCGUCCGAACAAAUUCUAUGGCUAUACGAGUGAUGAUGAGAACAUGAGCAGUGUCCUGGCGCCACCUCUGCAGGUGGGCAUGCAGCUGAUUAAACCGCAGCCGCCCCCACAGCUGACCUGGGCCAAGGAGGACUUGCCAACGCCUCCAAAGCAGCAGCGUAGUCGCAAUAAUCAUGGGGAGCAUCAUCACCAUCAGGCACAUCAUUAUCAUCCUCCACACCAUAAGUCGCCGCAGCGGAAUUCGCAUUUGCACAGCAAUGGCAACACGCGCAAGCGGAACAGACGUGCUGCACCCGGCGGAGCUGUCUCCGGCAGUGCCAGACGUGGCGCCAAACGCGCCAAGCAGCAGAUGGUGGCACCACCAGCCAAGGCGGAGCAACUGCAGCCACAGCUGCCGCCAAUACCCACGCUAAAGAUACGACCGGCCCUGCUGCCCGCCAGCGCUGCGGCCAGCGACAGUAGCGACAGCAGCUCCGACGAGGAUGAGAGUGGAGACAUCAACGUGACCAGCGUGCUGCCAACACUCGCGGCACCGACGUCCAUGCUGCCUGCGCCGCUGCCGGCACCACUUCCACCAUUACCGCCCGCAACGACUGCUUUCAAUCAGCCCAUACCGCCAGCACUGCUCCCCAAUCCGGACUUUAGCACGCUGCAGUACUUCAAGGCGAACAACAUUCGUUAUCCCAUUCGUCCACCGGCCGGAGCUCGAUUGGCUCGUGAAGGUGAAUCGGUGUACUGCUAUUGUCGCUGCCCCUACGACGAGGUCUCCGAGAUGAUUGCCUGCGAUGGCGACAACUGCCUCAUCGAGUGGUUCCACUUUGAAUGCGUUGGCAUCAUGGUCGCCCCACAGGGCAAAUGGUUCUGUGCCGAGUGCCGACCCAAGCACUCCGGUUGUAUCUAUUCGGGUGCUAAGCCCACGUAAUUUUGCAUAGCUUUGUAAAUAGUUUUAGAAUCUAGGCUAAGCUAAAAAGAUGAUAAGUAACGCAUAUAAUAAACCCUUAUUAACAGCAACAACACCCACAACAGAAUGGAUUACGCUUAUUAAAUGUUAAAAAACUACUAUUCGUUGUCUCCGGAACUGCGGAAAAAAGUGGGAAAAAGAUAAA